AUGGCAGCAAGCUCAGAAGAGUCGGGGACGUCGAGUUGGUACAGGGUCCCUACCUGGUCGGGCAAUCCGGCCGAGUGGAGGACUUUCCGCCGAGAGAUGAAUUGGUGGAUUGCCUCCUUGGACAGCGAAAGCUGUAAGAAGUUCAACGUUGCAGCCCGUUGGGCCUUGAGACAACAUGGAGUUGUUCGAGCUCGAUGUGAGGAAUUUGAUCCGUCGGAGUUGGUUGGCAUCCAAGAGGAAUCCAUGGAAGAUCCAGAAACAAAAGAGAAGAUCAUUGUGACGCCUGCCAACCCUUUUGCUGGACUCACCAAGCUGAUGGAUGCCUUGGAGGCUACCGUUGGAAAGUCGAGCUUGGACCGAAAAGGUGAACUUCGCGCCAUGUACUAUCAAGAGAUCAAAAGAAAUGCUGGCGAAAGGAUUAGUGCAUUUUGCACACGGUUCAGAACGCUUGCUGCAGAUCUCAAAAGAGAAGGCAUUGCAAUGCCUGAGGAAGAGCUUGGUUGGAUGCUUAAGGAGCGCCUUGGAUUGGACCCGAUUCGCCAACAAUUGUUGGAAACAGCAUUGGCUGGUCGGGAAUCCUAUGAUGUUGUGGAAACGGAGUGCCUUCGGUUGUUUCGUGAUUUGCACACCUCCGAUCCCCUCUACAAGGCCAAGCAUGCAGACAAGCCACCGUUGUUGCAGAGAUUUUUGCAGUCGCACAAUAGCCACACGUCGUACAGGUCCCCCAGUUCUGCCACUCCCUCUGUUCGUUCAUUCAGGUCACAGAGCUCAGCUUCAGCUUCGAGUCGGCCACCUUUCCGUCGGUUCGGAAACAGCGGUGCACCACCUCGUCAGGCUCUGGUGACAGAGCUGCCAGAGGAUGCUGAACAGUAUGAGCCCGAGCUUGAAGAAGACACUGAACUGAUUCCGGCUGAGGAAGCUUCACCCCAGUCGAUUGAAGAGGUACUUCAAGCCGAAGCUGAAUACUUAGCAAGCGAGAUCCAGGAGUUAGAGGACCAGGGUUGCGAAGCUUCAGUUUUGGAGGAGUUGGAAUCAGGCCUUGAACAGGCCGCUGAAAGCCUGGUGACCAUGCGUGAAGCCAGAAGCCGCAUUGCUGAAGUGAAGAAGGACCGCGGCUAUGGUAAGGCCGCAUCAUCAUCCUUUUCAGCUGGCAAGAAACCGCAUGGCAAUCAGGUUCCCAAGCAGAAGGCCUACACCCGUUGUUUUGAUUGUGGAGAACCUGGACAUUGGGCGGGUGACUCCGCAUGUGCAAAGCCCGGAGCUGGCUUGGGAAAGAAAGGCCGUGGCAAAGGUCUGAGCACCUCCUCUCCAGCGAAGCAAGUGCGUGUGACUGAAGCCCUCAACACGGAGCAUUUGUUGGAAAGUGACGCAUUGGUUGAACCACCGGUUGAGCAUGAAGUGUUGAUGUUGACAACAUUGGUUGACAAGUCGGUUGAUACAUUGGUUGAUACAGGUGUGUUGGUUGAUCAGUCGGUUGACAUGUCGUUGGAAGAACAGUCGGUUGCAAAGCGUGUCGAUUCAUUGGUUGAGCAUGAAGUGUUGACAUUGUCGGCAGAGACCUUUGGCCUGCCCUUGUCGGAAGUGCUGGCGCAAUCCCACGACAAAGUUGCAGUGAGCACCAAUGCUCAGUUGGCUGUUGACAAACAGUUUGUUGGUGCGUUGGACUCAGCUUGCAACAGGACCUGCGCCGGAUCCACCUGGUUGAAGUGUUACUUGGAAAUGUUGAAGCAAGCCCCAAAGUAUAUCCAGCACCUGGUUUCCCAUGUCUCUGAGAAUGAGCUGUUCCGUUUUGGAAAUGGCGGCACCCAACGUUCAAAUGUUCGGUACAGGCUACCUAUGAUGAUUGGCUCCACCCUUAUCACGGUCUGGGUUUCCAUUGUGCCGGUAGCAUCAUUGGGAUUAUUGUUGGGGAGAGAUUUUUUGAGUGGGAUUGGUGCAGUGAUGUCGUUCGCUCGCAAGAAGCUUCGGGCGGACCUUGUCAACAAUGAGUUGCACGAUUUGGGUCAACUUGCUGCAGGACACUUCACCCUGCCUUUGCCACCAACGGGAGAUUGGGUGCGUCCGGGCACUCAACGCUGGCGAAGCUUUGGUCAAGAUGGUGUUGUCGAGAUGCAGUUGAACUGUCACGAUUGGUGGAACAAGAAACUUCUUUCUCGUUUAGCUCGUUUUGAUGUUUUGCAAGCACCUGCAGCACCGCACGAGCACCUGGUCACUGAACGUUCCUUGUCGGCAAUGGCUCAAGCGAUGACGGACCAAAUGGCCUCUCAAGCGAUCGUGCACGACCUCACUCAGGACACCUCAGGGAUGAUCGCCAAGUGGAGGCGCAUGGUGCUACGACAGCGGGCUCGCGCCGAAUGGCACGGCCGUGGAUUGCUCUUAUGGUUGCUGCAGCGACCGCAUCUGCGGUAUGCUCCCUUCCCAUAUCCAAGCAUCUCGAACGUCAAGCAGUGGGAAGAACAAGCGGUCUCAAUGACUGCGCAGCGGCCCAAAGCCAUCCUCAAGGAGCACUACACGAGAAGCUGCACCAACCAGGUCUACGAGACCAAGAACCUGGUGGAACUGGGUCAGUUCCGAAAUCGUGUUGGCCUGCAGUUCGCCUUCAUAGAAGACAGUCUUCUUCAAGGAAUGCUGGCAGCCCGUGCGAACAAGGGCAUCACUACGCAGUUGAAGAAGGAAGCUUUCCAAGAGGCUCAAAUCAAGGCAGCAGCGAUGAAGUCUCAGGAAGAUCAAGAAGCUGCCGUUCGACAGCUGAUCGGACCAAAGGGUGGCCUACCGUCACUCAAAGCCGACCUCAUUCGCCUGGCUGCCCUCCUCAACGUGACCCUCGACUCCAAGAUGACCAACGAGCAGAUCAAGGCGGCUUGCCGACCCAUGAUUGCCGAGCUCAUGGCAAAACCGAAGCCGAGCAGCAGCAGUUCAAAGAGCUCGACAGAUCCGGCAAUUCCCGCCUCUCAGGCGAAAGCCAAGCCUACCUCAGCGCCACAGGUGAUGGAGGCUCCUCGUCGAUUCGACGGCCCGCAGAUGAUCUCAGUUCAAGAUGUUCACGAACUGCUGGCAGCUCAGGAUCAGAAGUUCCAGACCAUGCUGAAUCAGGUCAUGCAACACGUGACCUCUCAGCCAGUCCCCAAGGCAAUGGCUGGCCAUCCGAUUCUCACCGGAUGGGACGCUCCUCCAGACGAGACCAUGGAGGACGGACGUUUUCAUGGCUGGACACCCGAGGAGAUCCGCCAGAUGAAUGCCGACCACAUUCAAGAAGAUCUGGAUUGGCGGAUGGCCAACGGCAUUCCUCCUCGGCAAGCUCAGCUGAUCUCAGAAGCCUGGAACAAGCACUGCCGAGACCGUCGUUUGGUAUCUCUGAGUGCCUAUGAGGUCAACGAGAUCUACGCUGGUGAAUGGGAAGCGACAGUGAAUGAGGCCCAAAACGAUGUCUUCCUGACCUCCGUUGUCAUUGGCCUCGAUGAUGACACCUCUCCGAAUGAAGACGCUUCUCAGAAUGUCAAGAAUCCAUCGAAUGCCAAGCUCACACCGAAUGUCAACAAGUUCAAGAAUGACUCCGGAAAGUUCGUGAAGCCAAAGACCUUCAUGAGUGAGAUCUACACCACGACUCAGAGAGUCACCAAAGCUGCACAGCAACGUGGGCACGUCACCGGAUCACCUUUGUCAUUGGAAACGGGCUGGAAUUUCUUGCGGAGUCAUGACCGCGAGGUGGCUCGAAAGCUUUUGUCUAAGGAGAUCCCCUAUUUCCUGGUGAUUGCCUUCCCUUGCAGUUUUUGGAGCAUCCUCCUGAACCUGAAUCCUCCGAAGGAUCAUGAGAGAAGGCUGAAAGAAGCGAUGCAGUUGCUCCGCUUUGCUAUACAGCUGGCUCGUGAUCAACAUGCCCGUGGUUUGCACUUCGUUCUGGAGAAUCCUCAAAGCUCCAGAGCAUGGUCUUUGGAUGAGAUGCAAAAAGCCCUGUCUGCCUUGCAAGCUCGUUUGGUAGACUUCCAUCAAUGUCGCUUUGGCCUUCGAGGACGCAAUGGACAGUUGGUCCGCAAAGCAACUCGCUUGGCUACUUCGAGCGACUAUAUCGUCCAGACCUUAGAUGGCAUGAAGUGUUUGGGAAACCACAACCACGAGCACAUCAUUGGUGGAACACACAUCUCAAGGCCUUCCGGUCACUAUCCAUGGGAGCUCGCCAAGACUCUCGUGAAGGGAAUGGAAAAGCAGUUUGAAGCCGAUUUCAAAAGGCCUCACCCUGGCAAUAUGCCUGGAUCACCUCACUCCACCUUAGCUGUUGAAGAAGGAGAAGCUGAACACUACCCCGCUGCACUCGAUGACAGCGAUUCAGAAGCAGAGCUUCCAGAUCCUCCUGAACCUAAAGGAGAUGCCAAACUUCCAGCUGGAGUGAAGCUAGCGCUCAAAAGGUUGCACGAGAACACUGGUCACCGUUCUGGAAAACGUUUAGCCAGAGCAUUGGCCAUUGCGGGUGCGCCAGCAGAUGUGGUGAGAGGAGCCUUACACCUACGUUGCUCCAUUUGUGAUGAGCAGCGUGCUCCCAAGGCGAGGAGACCUACCAGUUUGCCUACGCCAAAAGAUGUUGGCGACCAGGUGUUCAUCGACAUCUUCGAGGUCUUUGCUCUCCAAGAGCGCCGUUACUAUGUGGUUCAUGCAGUUGACUUCGUGUCGCGGCUUCAAAUGGCCGAACUGGUGGACCAGAAAUCCUCAGACAUGGUCGCUCGCUUCCUGUCCACAAGGUGGCUUCCAGUUCUUGGCGCACCGCGCACCCUGGUGGCGGAUCAAGGAAGAGAGUUUGUUUCUCAUGUCUUUGAAGAGUACUGCAGUGGACAUUCCAUCUACUUGCACCACACAGCAGUUCAAGCUCCAUGGCAAAAUGGAAUCGCUGAACGUGGUGGCUCCAUUCUCAAGGGCAUCAUCAAGGCUUUGGUGAAAUCACAUUCAGUGAGCACACGAGAUGACAUGGACGUGUGCAUUCAAGAGGCUGUAGCCGCUUACAACAGCGACAUGACUGAUGCCGGUGUCACGCCCAAUCAGGCCGCUUUUGGCCGUCAGCCUCGUCUCCAUGGUGACACCCUUGGCGACUUUGGAAGAAGGUUGAGCGAGCACGGGCUAAUCGAGUCAAAGCCCAGCCUGGCUCGACAAGUGGCCAUCAGAGAGUCAGCCCGGAUUGCUAUGUUGAGAAUGCACUUCUCCAAAGGUCUUCGACGGGCCGAAACAGCCAGAUCGAGAACAUCCACCAUUGAGCACAACCUUCAACCUGGGCAGAUAGUCUACUUCUACAGGCAGACUCGCUACAACAACAAGACAUCAGGUUCCAAGAAGCGCCUCAGUCUUCGACGAUGGCAUGGACCAGCUCUUCUCAUUGCUUUGGAGGGCCACACGAACGGCUUCGUGAGCUAUCGGGGCCAAUUGACAAAGUGCGCCCUAGAACACUUGAGGGCUGCGAGUACUAUGGAACAAGUGGCCACCUCUGUCUGGGAAGAUGCCAUUCAAGAAGUGAUUGAGGCAGCUUGCCACGACCAGUCCGGGAACUCUGAAGUUCGAGAUUCCGAACCUGCAGUACCAGAACAAGCACGUCGUGAAGGGCAACCUCAGGAGGUGUUCGAACCUGAUACUCCAGUGAUCCCUCAAGCUCAAGGAUUACCUUCGUCCGCAGCUCCACAUGAUCUUCCUCCUCUUCAACCGCAAGAGAUGGUGGCUGGAAUGUCUAGAGCCUUGGCACCAGGAGCUGAAGGAGCUUUUGGAUCGAGUACCAGAAGGAGCUCUUCAGUGAUGAGACCGAGCUUUGACCUAUCUCAGUCUCCGUUUCCGCAAACUCUUCAGAAAGCACUGCUCCAAGCACAAGAACGAGCAACCGAAGUUCCUGUUCCAGAAGCUGGCAAUAAACGCUCGGCUGAGCUUGAUGCUGAACAACUUCGGGAAGAAGUGCAAGAGGCUGAUGAGAUUCCACCUCCGGCGACUUCAGUCACUGCUCCUCAGUCCAGUGAAGUGCUGAAUGUGACCGCUUUGCCUUAUGAGGUGAUGGAACUACAAGCGAAAGCGGAACUCCAUCCUCUUAGACAACUACAAGCCUUGGCUGCUAUGGAUCGUCGCGAUCCUCUCGGAAGCAAAGUGCUAGAUCAUGGCACUUGGCGUGGUGAUUGGCCACUCCCUUCAAGGACAACCUGGCAGAGAAUGAAGCUUCUUGGUCAGACUUGGCCGCUUGGCAACCACGAAGCUGCUUCUGAAGUCCUCGCCGUCCUCACGGCCAGGAAGGAAAAGUCAUGGAACUCUUUGACAGAGUGUGAGAAAAAGGAAUUCCGUGCAGCCGCCCUCAAAGGCUGGCAAGUCUGGACAGACAAUGACGCAGUCGAGAUCCUUCCAGAUGAUGAAGCAGGGCGCAUUCGUGCGCGACUGAGAGCUGAGAACCAAAGUCACCGCAUCUUGGUCCCUCGUUAUGUGAUGGUGGACAAGAAUGACGGCCUUCGGACGGAGACCAAUCAGCUUCCCUUGCUGGCGAACGCUCGCCUGGUAGUCCCCGGGUACCAGGACAUAUCGGCCUAUGGCAUCAGAUGUGACGCCCCAACAGCGUCAAGGACAAGUCAGCAUUUGCUCCUGGCCUACACGGCUUCAAGCAAGUGGAGUUUGUGGUCAGCUGACAUCAAGUCUGCCUUUCUCAAGGGUGAAGAGUUUGGGCCUGAAGAAAGGAUCCUUUACUUGGCCAACAUCCGGACCAAGUAUGCUGAUGAACCCACCUUACCCUUCUCACCUCAUGGCCUAUGCAGGGUCAAGAAAGGCAUCUUCGGCUUGGCAGAUAGUCCGCGCCGAUGGUACCAGCGGCUCAACAAGGCGGUGGUCAAACGGGGCUGGAAGAUCUCGGUGCUAGACAGCGCCAUGUGGAUGCUAUGGAGUGAAGAUGGCUCCGAGUUGGAAGGCAUCAUGUUGUCCCACGUGGAUGACCUCUUGAUGGGUGGCAAUGAGCGUGCUCAAAAGACCCUAGAAUCUCUGGGUCAAGAACUGGGCUUUGGAUCCAUCUCCAACAAGUCCUUUGUCUACUGUGGCAAAAAGAUAGAGCAGCUCGAUGAUGGCACCAUCUCCGUGUCCAUGGAGGAGUAUCACUCGAACUUGCAGCAGGAGGCCAUGGAUGCAGGACAGUAUUGCAGAGGAGUGCUAGCUGAGGCCCAUGGCUAUGCCUUGGAUAAGAAGCCCUUCGAGGUGAGCACAGAUUCCAUCUCCAUGGUGGUUGUCACCGACUCCAAGGAUGCCUACGACAAAGGGUCGAGCUCAACCCCGUCGUAUGGGUCGCAGAAGUCACUUGCCUUCACAGUGGCUUGGAUCAGGUCCAUGCUGGCCCGGUGCAACACGAUGUUGCGUUGGACAUCCACCGAGAACCUCUUCGUGGAUUGCGGAACGAAGGACAUGGAUUCCGCCCACCUUUUGUGGAUCCUCGAUGCCUGUCGCUGGAGCAUCCGAUAUUCUCCAAGCUUUGUGAAGCAAAGCUCCAAGGGGAAGGCUGCCAAAAAGGUAGUUCAUGAUGAUGUUCGUAGUGAUUUGGGCACCCCUUUUGAGAGCACCAGCCCUAUAUAUGGGCAUGUGAUGAAGUUAAGCACCCAGCCAGGUUGGCACAGAAUUUCAGAAGACUUGGCAGUGCAUGUUUGCUCGAAUGCCCGCUCCUUUCGUUCUCCCGAGCCCCGCUUCAAAGUGGACUCACUUCCGUACAGGUUCACCUUUGCCUGUCUAGAGGGAGCUCACGCCUUGACCUGGCGAAGCCUUGAAGAAGGCAUUGACAUGCGAGAUUUGAAGAACCUUCGUGCCAGUCUCGGCACUUGUGCAUCGAAGCUCAUUAGCUUGGUGCCCUAUGGGCGCUGCUCUUUGCUUUGGCCACUGCAGAAGAAGGUCUAUUUCGAUGUCUCCAUUGGAGGAAAGCCUGCGGGGCGAAUUGUCAUGGGCCUCUAUGGCAAGAAGGCUGGUGCAGCUGGCCCUGAGCUGGCGGCCGCUGUCUCCAAUGCAGGUGGCUUGGGAAACAUUGGUGGUGUUGGAUUUACGCCAGACGGCUUGCGGAAAACCAUUAAGAUGCUGAAGAAGGAGUUGGUGGACAAGAAUGCACCUUUUGGAGUGGACUUGCUGCUCCCUCAGGUGGGUGGAAACGCAAGGAAGACCAACAAGGAUUACACUGCAGGAACAUUGCCAGAGCUGGUUGACAUCAUCAUUGAAGAGAAGGCUGCGCUGUUUAUUUGCGCUGUGGGUGUCCCACCCAAGUGGGCGGUGGACAAGUUCCACGCAGCCGGAAUUCCAGUGAUGAACAUGAUUGGUGCUGUGAAGCAUGUGGAGAAAGCGUUGGAGUCGGGCGUUGACAUCAUUUGUGCACAGGGAGGCGAAGGAGGUGGCCACACAGGUGAUACUGCGACUGCGAUCCUGCUGCCGAAAGUGGUGGAUGCUGUACGUGGGAAAAUGUCACCACUGACAGGAAAGCCUGUUCAAGUCGUUGGUGCCGGCGGCAUCUUCGAUGGGCGUGGCCUGGCGGCCUGUUUGGCCAUGGGCUGCAGCGGCGUGUGGGUUGGCACACGCUUCAUUGCUUCUGAUGAAGCUGGCGCUGGGCCAUUCCAUAAGCAGAGGGUCCUCAGCGCCGGUUAUGCGGACACCGUCCGAACCACGAUCUACACAGGGCGCCCCAUGCGAGUUUUGACCACCCCAUACGUCCAAGACUGGGAGCAAAAUCGUACCAAAGAGAUGUUGCAGUUGCAGGAGCAAGGCAUCCCAGCCUUCGUGAAAGAUGUGGACGACAUCAGCAGCCUUACCGAGGGCGGCUUCAGUGUCGGCACCCUGCAAAUGGCAGAAGUUCUCACGCAGGAGGAGAAGAAUAAAGGAGUGCAGCUCUCUCGGAAACAGACGCGUGAGCGUGGCGUCUACCUGUCUGGUCAGUGCGCCGGUGCCAUUGAGGACAUCAAGCCAGCUGGGCAGAUCGUGGAAGAGAUGGUGCAGCAAGCAGCGGAGCAGCUCCAGACAGUUCGCCGGCAUGUGGUCUUCGGGACGGUGCUGGAAGGCAUGAAAUUCGUGCGCCAGAUCGAGGGUCAGAACGGCACCCCGCCCAAGGAGGAAUGUAAGAUUGAGGAUUCUGGAGAGCUGCCUUUGGAGAAGCCCUACAAGGAUGCCACCUAUCGGGGGAAAUUGGACGAGGAGCUGUAG